UUAUUCCAAAUCCAUAACCAAAACCAAACCGUUCGUCAAGUGCAACAGUAAGCGGUGCAUUCUCCUGUCUUUAAUAUUUGCAAAAAUUAAAUGCUUUUUGUGGAGUUGUAAUUUAAUUCAUUAAAAAGUGCAUUGAUAUAAAAGGUUUUUUUGUUUUUCAAGUUGUAAGUUCUCGCCUUAUGAAUCAAUACCGCUACGCAUAAUUUUGUGGAUUGUGUUUUGGUAACAGAAUUCCCCUGGGAGCACCCAGUCUACCUACGCCGCUGGGGAAGCGCUACCUACCACCAAGUCACGUGUAACAACUUUUCAACAAUGGACCAUCAACAACUCAGAAGCCAGUACUAGUGCUGGCACAAGCUCCGGUGCAACACGCGGCUGGUUACCACCACCCAAUACAGUAUUCAUUGUCCAUGAUAGUGACAGUGAAUAAAUAAUUCGACGCAUCUAAGAUAUUUUUGAAGAUCUUGUGCAUUAAUUGCACAAAACAUGAACUAUUUUAAUUUUUUUUUUGUUUAAUAACCUUAAAAGCACAUGAAACAUAAUCUGCUCCACAUUUGAAUGUGCAAAAUUAACGUAACUUUAUGUGAUAUGAAGUAUAACUUAACAUACAUAGAUAAAUGUUAAUUGGAUGGAUAUAUUUAUAAUUUAUUUGUAAGACACGUUUUGUACGCUGAAUAACCUUGAACUGAAUUACCUUAAAACUGAAGAAAUAAGUAUUAUUUUUUUAUAAAAUAUCAUUGGAUUUGAUUUAAAAGGUGAUCUUAUCAAAUUGUCAUCGUAAAUAUUUUGUUUUCCUGCUCGUUACUUUAUUUUAAAUCUAUAAAUCUAACAUAUUUAAAAAUAAAAAAAAUGGACACUAAUAAAAACGAAAAACAAAGUACGAUGGGAGGUGGUAAGCAACCAACAAUUGUAGCCUCACAGUCUAGCUUAUUGGAUUCGUAUCUACAAGAUUGUCAGCAGCAGCCAUCCUCGCCAGCAUCAUCGUCAACGUCGCAAACGACUGGUGAUACAACGUUUGAGCCAUCAAUUGAUAUGAUGGUUAAUGAUUUCGAUGAUGAACAAACUCUUACUGAAGAAGAAGCACUAGCCGAAUUGGAAGCACAAGAUCCAGCUGAUGAAAUCGAAACGUUGCAAAAAGAAAGUGAAAUACCAUUAGAAAAACUACUGGCCCAUUAUAGACAACACGUGGAACAAGACUAUCAACAGAGACGACAUAAACGUAAGAAAUCAUCUAAGAAAGACAAGUUAUCACGUUCAUCAAAGCAAUUGAAGUCUGCUGCAUCUGGACCAGAGACAGAAGCGUGUUCAUCUAAAAGUCAUCGAUCAACAUCAAAUGUAAAUACAAAUUCAACAGCUUUACCAAAAAUAGACGAAAUAAUUGUAAUUGAAGAAAGUGAAGAUGAAGUUGAGAUUUUAAAAACAGAACAAACUGAUAUUGAUGCUGCAGAGGAUGGGAGUAGCUUACAAGCAAAUGAAAUAGAGGAAGUUAACGUCGAUGAGGAAGAUGACGAUGAUGAUGAGGAGGAAGCAGAGUUUAAUGACUGCAGUGAUUAUGACAAUAAUGCCGAAGAUCGUCCACCUGAACACAGCAAACUUACCGCUUUGGCUUUAUUAUAUCCCGACAAAUAUGCAAACAUUCAAGAAAAAAUGGAUGAUGAUUGUUCCGAAGAAGACGAUGAUGAUUAUGUUAAAAAAGCAAUUAUGGUGGGAGCUGCCUAUCAAGCAAUAAUACCUAUUGGCCUUUCUAAAUACGGCGAUGUUUUGCCAUAUGAAAAUGAAGAUAAGCUAAUAUGGGAACCAUCACAAGUAAGCGAACAAGAAGUCGAAGAUUAUUUGAUUCGAGUUAAAGAUUUGAAAUCAUCUCCAAACCUAUUGGCACAAGAAGAUGAUCUUCCAUCAUCGUCAGCUUCUGUUACAUCGGAAUCAGACCAGGGCAUAGGAUUUAAUACAGUCAAAGAUGAUGAGCAGGCCUUACAUCUUUUGGUACAAUGUGGAUAUAAUUUUAAAGAAGCAUUACGUCGUAAACGUUUGAAUGCAGUUCCCUUAACUGGCUCUAUGAGUCUAUGGUCUGAGGAAGAGUGUCGAAAUUUUGAAGAAGGCAUACAAAAAUUUGGAAAAGAUUUCAGAAAGAUUCGCCAGACUCAAGUUCGAACACGCUCAAUACGAGAACUAGUUCAGUUUUAUUAUCUUUGGAAGAAAACCGAGCGUCGUGAUCAGGAUUUCGUUGAUUCGGAUACAAUCGACUAUAUGGAUGUAUAUUUGGAUUAUGAUGAGCGUGAUACUGUUUCUAAUGGUGGAUCAAAACAUUCGUCAUGUUUGUUGCCAAGCGAUACUUAUUUGACAAAUCAAGACCCACCUUCCAAGAGACACCAUCAUCACAAUUUUUCAAUCAUGAACGAAGCCAACCGUUCUUUUAGUGGUAAUCAAAAUAUUCAUUCUUAUUCGAAAAAGUGUUCUAAUAAGCGAUCACACCGUCGACGAAGUUGUUUACUAUCGGGCAGUAAAUCCAAAAACCAUCAUCAAAAUAGUUAUAGUUCUAGCAUUUUUAAAAACAAAUCCAACUCAGAUACACCACCAUCCGGGAAAAACUGCCGUAACAACUCCCUUAACUCUUCUCCCUCUGUUGUCCAGUCAGGAGCGUGUUCUUCAUUGACUAUUAACAAUUCACUCGGAAAUCAUUUGAACAAGAAAUGAUUUAUACUUAAGUAUCCAAAACUUAAAAUAAAAAAAAAAAAUAAAAAAAAAUGAAAUGACAAAAAAUAUAUAUAUUUGUAUAGAAUUAACAUAUACAAAUAUAUAUGUAUGGCUGUGGUGUCAAAAACUGAUAGAGCAAUACAUUCUGAGAUUUAAAUUUGAAACAAAAAUGUAGCAGGUUUCUACAAAAAAGAACUAAAAUUUCCGAAUAUUUAUAUUUUGUUUGCAGAUUUGUAUAAGCUGUAAUAUUUAAGCAGUAUAUUAUUUUUUUUUUUAAAGAGCAGCCACUGCAUCCAUAGCGUGGUAAAUGAAUUAAAUGUUCCUAUAUUUUUUUAUUUCUUAAUCGACCAACUUGUGUUUGUUUAACAACCGGCUUCAGGAUAAAAUACAAAUUGAAACUUUAAAUAACACAUUGUAUGAACUUGAAAUAUAAUAUAUUUAUAAUUUUAACCGCAUCUUAAUGUAAACGAAAAAAAGAGUAACAGUCUCUUUGUUUGCUAUUGUAUUUAUCCGUUGAAGGCUAUCUCAUGAAAUUAUUUCUUAUUAAAUGUGUUUUUGGUGUAUAACAUA